AAAAACAACAAAGACUUGUUAAAAAUGAAAUCUUAAAAACAGCAAACUCUAGUACUUUCCCGGCUCUCUCUCCAAGCCCAGCUCUUCUCUCUCUCUCUCUCUCUCUCUCCGUGUGUGUGUUUUUUGUGAAAAAAAUAAAGGCCUUUCUUCCUUGUUCCGUUAUCGACGGUGACCUUUUGCCCACAUCGGAUCUGGGGUUUCUUCGUUAUCUGUUAAAGUAAUUGCAGGGUUUUGUUCAUUGUUGGGGUUAUUGUUAUUUUUGCUGAGAAAAGACAAGUGUGUAAUUGUUGUUUUUUGGUUGAUUCUUAGUGGAAAGGCGGGCAGGUCGUGUAAAACAAGUUAAACUGCAAUUAUUGGAGAUUUAUUGCCAUUAAUCGUGACUUAAAUUGGAAAUUGUUGUUUGCUUAAUGAAGGUGGAUGUUUUUGUGGUCACUUUUUGCAUUUGAAGUUAAUAUAUAUAGCAAAGAGGAAAUUUUUAUUAUGGGUUGACUUUGAAGACCCAAGUUUUGGUGGUGUUCUCACUGUUCUGGAUAUAUUGGGAUUUUAUUAUUUGGAGUGUGGAGCAAAGGGAAAAAUUAGAUUUGUUUUUGUGGGGUUAAUGGAUCAUACGAUUCCAAGAGAGAAAGAUUUUGAAGUUGAUCUUGAAAGUGGGGUAACAAUUAGUGAAGAAAAUUCAAGCAAAGUCCCUGUUUUGGGUGCUGUAAAGCAGGCAAAGACAUUGCUAGGGAAGAUUUGCAGCAGGUUUGUUGAUGGUUCAAUCAAUAGCGAAGAUACAGAUAGCUUGUGUGGCAACGUGUUAAAUUCUGAUGGAGUUUCUCCUGAGAAUGUUAAGGUGGUUAACAACAAGGUAUUGGAGGGGGAACAGCCCAAAGAUUAUGUGGAGAAGACACCGAUGAGGGAGAAACGUAAAAAGACAAGCAAUAAAAAGGCUCCAAAACCUCCAAGACCUCCGAGAGGUCCAUCAUUGGAUGCAGCUGACCAAAAGCUUAUUAGGGAGAUCUCUGAACUUGCCAUGUUGAAGCGUGCUAGGAUUGAGCGGAUGAAAGCCUUGAAGAAGAUGAAAGCUUCUAAGUCACAAUCUUCAAAUAGCAGCAGCAUAUUUGCCAUGGUGUUGACUGUUCUCUUCUGUCUUGUGGUAAUCUUUCAAGGAAUGUCAUCUAAAACAAGUUCACCAGUAAGCUUCCAGGGUUCUCCUGUGUCAGCAAGAGCAACAGAGGGUGGUUUGAUUUCAGUUCAGUACUAUGCAUUUCCAUCUGCAAGUGAGCCUGAUGGACCUGGUUCUGGUUCUCCUAAUUUAGUAGAGCAGAUUGCUGGAUCAGAUCCGUCGGAAAAGUUGACAAGAGUUGUGGGAUGAAAUGGGGCAUUAGGGAAGAGAAUUCCAAGUCUAUACUGAAAAUUUUUGGAGUUGCUCUUGCAGUUUUUCUACAAACCAUUUUUCCUUGCACUUUUCUUGCACGUGAUCUUUUGAAUCUGAAGUAUUCGGGUAAUUUAUCCCUCAUACUGUAUAUUCUUUAAAAAUUGGGGGGGCGGGGGGGCGGGGUGAGUUUGAUUACUGUACAAGUAUUAUUACUAUUUCUAUUGGUGAUGCCAAAUGCGUUUUAUAAGUUGCCUCCUUAGCAACAAGCCAGGCUGAAUUCUGUUCAAUUUAUUGGUUAUUUUGUAAGGAUAUUUUAUGAAACUCAGAGUUGGAGUAAGUUUUCUUUACAGCUUUGCCAAAUUCAAGUGAAUAACUCAUUCUUGAA